CCUGACCUCCGUCGGAACCUGCACAGUUUAUUUUCUCAACAACCACACCCACCACCAUGGACGUGACGACGCCUUUUAUCUACACUCAUGCCCUUCUAGUAUGAAGAUCUCUUUUGAUCUUCGGCAGGCUAUCCAGAUUUUGGAGGGUCAGCUCCAGCUCUGCACCAUUCUGAGAUCUCAGAUCUUGAGGUGGGAGGUCCGGGAAUGCAUGCUGGAUGGAAACAGCACGAUAAAACUCGCCUCUGCAACCCUCCACGCUGCAUCGAUGACCCUCCAUGGAUUUCAGAUGGAUUAUCCCUUUGAACUCAUCGUUUUCUCAUGAUGAGAAGCUGGCCACAUACCGUACGGUCACAUUCCAUUAGUCCAUCCUCCCUCGUGACAGGAGAUUCUAAUGAUGAAAUUGCUUGGGCGUGAAACAACGUCAAAAUCUCUCCGGCUGUUUGAGAUACCGUUUCAGGAUGACCAUCCUCGCGAUGGCCGCGUGCAUGCCGUCCCACUACGACAGUUGGCAUGUUCCCAGGCAUCUUUGGGCGUGAGGACUGGAGAAUCCGCCAUGCGCAAGAUACAAAAAGCCCGGGGCCAGAGGAAUAUAAAGGGGGCUCCUAUUCCUUCCUUCACCUUUGGAAGAUGUUAUGCAUGGAAUCAAUACCUCCCCCCUUAGGGCGAUGCUAAUCAAAAGGACAAUUUAUGAAUUCUGAUAGAACAUGUAUUGUCUCCGAACUGCCCUUCUACCCGUGAUAGGGCUCUUCAACGCUGCAUAUGCCCGCCUCGACACCGAUUCAGCAAGCAACCUCGCUGUUUACUGGGGACAGAACUCCUAUAACCAAGGCUCUGGCAAUCUAACGCAACAACCCCUGGGUUACUAUUGUGAAAACACGAACAUUGACGUAUUCCAGCUCGCCUUCGUGACAGUGAUCAAUGGAAUUGGUGGUGCACCUCAAGUCAAUUUUGCCAACCAGGGCGACAACUGUACAACUUUCCCCGGCACGGACUUGCUAAAUUGCCCCCAGAUUGGAGCGGACAUUACCAAGUGCCAAGGCAAAGGGAAAACCAUUAUUCUAUCCAUUGGAGGGGCGACGUAUAGUGAAGGGGGGUUUGGAUCGGAAGAGGAAGCCAUUGCGGGUGCGAACCUGAUUUGGGAAACAUUUGGACCUCAGAAGAAUUCAUCAAGGCCGCGCCCAUUUGGAGAUGCUACCGUGGAUGGCUUCGAUCUCGACUUUGAGGCGACCGUCCGCAACAUGGUGCCCUUUGCGAACCGGCUGCGGAGCUUGAUGGCGGCCGAUGCUUCCAAGAAGUAUUUCUUAACGGUUGCACCGCAAUGCCCUUACCCAGAUCUGUAUAACAAGGAGAUGCUCGAAGGUAAAGUCGAUUUUGACGCUGUUUUCGUCCAGUUUUACAACAAUUUUUGCGGUUUGAACACCUUCGAGCCUGGACAAGAAGAGCAAAAAUCCUUUAACCUGGGCGAAUGGAACGAGUGGGCCAAGACCGUGUCAAAGAACAAAAAGGUGAAGGUCAUCGUCGGCGCCCCGGCAAAUCAGAGAGCUGCCGGGUCUGGGUACGUGGACGCAUCAAAGCUCGCAGAAAUUGUCAAGUACUCCAGGAAGUUCUCCAGCUUCGGCGGCGUGAUGUUGUGGGACGCCAGCCAAGCGUAUGCCAACGGCAACUUCAUCGAGACUGUCAAGGGCGCCUUGAACUCGGGUUUUGCCGGAUGCAGAUUCGGAUGGAGAAGAACCCAGAUGCCAAUGGCUCGUCCAGUUGUUUAGCUUGUUGUAUGUACAUACAUACAUCCAUUACACUUGUAUAUAUCAGCCACCUGGAGAAGUAAUUUAGUUACAUCCAGUGAACAAGGGGAGGAGGUUGUUAUAACUUGUGUUGUCUGGAUAAUAAAUAAUCCACUCCGAAUCGAUCAA